AUGAAUUAUACUAAUUGGCAAACUAAUAAAGAUGAUCUUCAUCAACAACAGCAACAACUUCAUCAUCAACAACAACAGCAACAGCAACAGCAGCAACAGCAUGUACAAAAUUUAUCAUUUAGAAAUCAACCACAACAAUCAUUAAAUGAUAAAUCAUCAAUGUUAGAUACUACAUCGCCAAUAGACACAUCAAAUACUGAUCCUGCAUUGACUUCAACUGCAUCAUCUGGUUCUAUUCAAAAACCAAUAUCACAAACCAAAAGAGCUGAACAAAAUAGAAAUGCACAAAGAGCUUUUAGACAAAGAAGAGAUAAAUAUAUGCAAGAUUUAGAAUUAAAAGUUCAAGAAUUAGAUGAAAUGAAAGCAAAAUAUCAAAAUUUAAAUAAUGAAAAUGUUCAAUUAAAAGAUUAUGUUAUGAUUCUACAAAGAAAGAUUAUUGAAUUAACUCAAGGUAAAGAAAUGGAUCAUCAACAUGAUAAUUUAUCAAAUCCUUUUGGACCAAAAUAG